GAUUUCUUUGGUGAAUAUCGCGAUGCGGCUUGGGAUGAGGUGGAUGCUCUGGAGGCGGAGAAUAGGACUCUGAGGCAAUCUAAUGAGGAGCUGGAGGGCAGGAUACCUCAGCUGAAUGAGAGUAUCAUCAAGGCACGCAUUGACAAGACCGCAGGGGAGUGGUGGUCUGUUGUAGCCAAUAAGGCAGGGAACCCUACG